AGGAAAAUUAUUUGUUCCGAGUUAUCAUAAUCCUUUCAAGGAGAUUAUCAGAGUUAUUUAAAUAAUUGUUGCGUGUGAGUGAUGGUGGUCAUGCGGGAACCCACCUGGUUGUAGGCGGAGAGCGGCGGUGGGACGGCACGCGCCAGGCCCGGCUGCCGCCGACUUCGAAGUAAACAUUGAGCGAAGUCCGGUGGGAGGAGCCACGUCUGGUCACGCCCACCACGCCGUACAUCACCCUGGCCCCUCCCACAACCACUCGAGCGGAACAUCUGCUUCUUUCGUACCCGAAUUUCCGUCCAAACCAACAGAUUCCGUCGCUUCUGUGUAUGUCUCCGAACUCUGGUGCGUGUUACAGAAACGUCGAAGCCGCUAGCGGGGAGAAUCAUUCGGCGAAAUGGACAGGAGUAAGUCGGGACGGAAAGGGACGGAAAACAGGAGCCGUAUCCGUCUGAGGUUGGUGUCCGUGAGAGGACCAAUGAGGUGCCAGGGUAGCAUGACGUCACGCACGGCUAGAGUCUAGCUGGGGUGGUGACCAAUGAGGGACGGGGGAGUGAAGGAGGCGGAGCCAGCCACUGUUGGUGGAUGGUAGCGCGCAAGUGUACUUCAGUUGUGAGUUUGUAGGCAGAGUCGCGGCCACACUGUUUGCAAGUCUGAUCAGACUUGCUGUGUAAUGGCUACAACAACUUACAUCGCAUCAAGUGCAGUGUGUUCUGAUCCAGUCAGUGUGCCAGACUGUCUCACCAUGAACAUAGUGAACACUCAAGGGUAUGGGCGUGAUGCCCAUGAAAUGAAGUACAUGCCCCAGCAUCAGGCGCCCAUGGCCCACAACCCAUGGGUGGGUCUCCCUCCGUCAGACCCCAGCCACUGGGCCAUGCACCCUCACCCAGGCCUCCACCAGGAUAUUAAACCUCAACCUUCAGAAGUGGCUAUCCACCACCGUCCACCCCAUCAUAUGACACAUGCCUGGCAGCCUCCCGUCUCAUCUCCGUACAGUAGUCUGGCGGCGGGCAACGGCGGGUCCCCGCUGGGCCACCAUGCCUACGCCUCCAUGAAUGGCAUGCUGCCCCAUCAGAUGCACCCGGGGCACCUGAGGGACAUGCACUGCGAGUCCCCAGUCACACCUGAUCACCACGUACAUCACGAAGUCGAAGAGGAGACCCCGACAAGUGACGACCUGGAACAGUUCGCUAAGUCGUUUAAACAGAGGCGUAUCAAGCUGGGAUUCACACAGGCGGACGUUGGUCUGGCCUUGGGAACCCUUUACGGCAAUGUAUUCUCCCAGACCACCAUCUGUAGGUUCGAAGCUUUACAGUUAUCUUUCAAGAACAUGUGCAAGCUGAAGCCGCUGCUAAUGAAGUGGCUUGAAGAGGCAGACUCCACUACAGGCAGUCCCACUUCCAUCGACAAGAUUGCCGCCCAGGGAAGGAAGCGCAAAAAGCGGACCUCCAUAGAAGUGUCUGUGAAAGGAGCCCUGGAACAACAUUUUCACAAGCAACCCAAACCCUCAGCACAGGAGAUCUCACAGUUAGCAGACAGCCUGCAGUUGGAGAAGGAGGUAGUGAGAGUGUGGUUCUGCAACAGACGGCAGAAGGAGAAACGGAUGACACCUCCUAUACUUGGCCAGGGUCCUGACGGGCAAGGCGUCAACGGCACACCACCCGGGCCAGGACAACAGAUCACGCCCACGCCAGACUACGGACAGCCCAGGUCAGUAGAGCUUCCCAGAGAACUAAAAUACCCAGGCUACACUCACCAGACCAUGCACGGUUCCCCUACCCACCUGCCGCCCCAGCACUCACCGCCUGGACCCCUACUCUCACCACAGAUGCCACCUCAUAGCGUGGCGCCUUCGCACGCGGUCUCCCACUGAUGGUCGCUCAACCUGUGGCAGGAGCCAGCGUACUGACCAGCAAUCAGUGGGAGCCAAGAAAGCUUCCUCAGGACUCCACCUACCGCCCCUCGCCAUUCUAGUCUUCAUUACCAGGGCUAAGUUUGGAGGGGCCGUGACCUAGGCGUUCUUAUAACGUCUUCGUCGCUCCUGCCGGCAGUAGGAGAGUCCCAAGCACCUCUAGUCCCCGGGCCGGCCAGCCUGGCCCUUCUUCGGGAGGAGGGCGGCCCCCCGAGCGGCCAGAUCGUCAACACGAAGCCAGAUUAUUUACCAGUAAGAAACCUGGUGUGUCCAUGUGAAAACUUCUUCAGUGAUAAACCUAUUUUCUAUAGACUAACCUCGAGCUAUGCUGAGGAAGUGUAUAAAUAUGAACCCGUAGCAGAUUCAUCAUUCCAUACUUCGCCAAACAUUCCAUAAGCUAAUCUGACUGACUCUCCGCGGAGCGCAGUGUCAGAUUAUUUCUACGAUUCCUCAGUGAGGCGAUAAGUAGUAGUGUAAAGACUGAGCUUCAUAUUACGUGUGAACAUUAACUAGCGGUUACCUCGAGUUUUUUGUGCGCGUGUUUGGAACAUUCCAGUGGUGGCGGGUGGCAGCUGCUGCGGGCGGCCACCGCCCGACACCUGGUCCCGUGGGCGGCCUGUGGGCGGCCUCCACACCGCCCACCCACACGCUUGACUCUAAGUCUUAUCUCGAAAUUAAAGAAUAUGUGGGGGCGCAUGACUGCCGGGAGACCGUCCGUGAUGCCAUGGGGCCCGCCGCCACCACCCAGCUCACACCCGCUGCCCAUUCCCGCCCACCCUCGCCCCUACACACACAUCGGACCAGCUAUUUCUAUGUGGCAAGUAGAAAUUAUCUCUUGGGAACUAUUUCUGUGAGUGGUAAGGGCAAGUGGUGAGCAUCUGGCGUGUGUAGCGGCCGCCCGUAGCUCUGUGCCCGCUACCGUGUACAUAGUCAUCUUUGUAAAUACUGGAGAAGCCGUGACGGCUUCGACUGCAGUCGAGCCGCACUUGUGAUAUGACUCAAGAGCUGAAUUUAUAAUAAUUUCAUUGUAAUAUAUGUAUCAUUCAUACUUAGAUUAACCCCUGAGUAUAUUUAGUUUGUGUUGACCGUUUCCCAUUACUGCUAAUACGUCGGAGUGGAUCUGGUGCGGUCGUGAUGUAGUGGUGUACAUAUACCUUCCGUGCCGCCGCUGUCGCCGCACCCUGCCAUCCGUGCCGCCGCUGCCGCACCCUGCCAUCCGUGCCGCCGCCGCCGUCGCCGCCCCUCACCCACCCAGCGGUGGCCGGCGGUGGCGACUACCUGGCCACCCACUGCAACUCCUCGGCAACCCAACCUUCAACAAACCGGAUCUUGUGUCGGCGGGAGAGCCUCCCUUGCUGCGGAGGAUGUGAUCAACCCAGGCAACCUUACCACCUGCGUUCCUCCAGGGGUUGCCGAAGCCAGCUGGGGCGCGUGGCUGUUUAACACCAGCUGCGAGGUAAGCUCCCCUCCUUCCCAUGCUGCAACGACGAUCCGCAACUCCCCACCAGCGCCUGACAGGCUCCCCUCUGCUUCCCCUCGGCGUCUCUCACCUCUAUUGACCCGUCAACACCUCCUUUGGGCUUCUGUAAGCCGCCUCUUUUUUCCUGCAGUGAAACGCUUGUAGGUCCCUCCUGCCUCAUCGAGGGAUUCUAUAGACCCCACUGAAGUUACCUGUUGGGGUGUAUCCCGUUGUCCAACAGAUGAGUAGCGAGCGAGGAACUUACACCCACCUUCACUUCUUCAGCGUCCAGUGGAUACCCACCUCAUCAACACCAGUGUCUGGUGGGUGCAUCACGCUCAGCAGAGGGUUGGUCAGGAUGGAUAAGGAUGGCAGCAUCACUGCGAGUCGCCACAGUGGUGAUGGAUAAAGGAUGGCAGCCCAACUGAAAAAGUCGCUACCGUGGUGGGUGACACAGAAAACCCCUGCUCAACACCGCACCUGUCUCUGUUUGUUAUUAAUGUUCUGAAUGUCUGUACGAGGCUCUAGUAACGUAGCAGGUAUGGUGAUCCUGACCUCACCUCACAACUACUGUCACUGUUGUAACUACCAUUACUACUACAAUGUAGCCCCUCACGGGUAUAUAUAUAAACGUUAUGAGGACUUAUAUUAGUGCUAUGAGAACUUCAUUCAGUAAAAGAAAACGUCUUGAUAGGAACAGAAAAGUCUUUUUACACCUGUGAACUUUCUUUGUGUGUUAAAGUACAAAGGAUCACGUCAAAGAUAAAUUUAUUAUCCACGUAAGAAUUACUUGGAAAUCUGUAGUCAAGAAAUGUACAUAAUAUUGUAUUAUUAAACUUAUUAUGAAUAAUAAAAGAAAGAUUUGUCUAUA